CGAACAAGAUAUCUCUUGCUUUCCGUUCUACGCAUUCAUCCACAACCCAACUUAACCCAACUCAACUCAGCUCAGCUCAGCUCAACUCAACUCAACUUUAUCCACAAUGUCGGACGUUCAAGAUAUCCUCGAAAUCCCCAAGGACUUCGUCAAGGACGGCAUGCAAUUCAUGACGCGAUGCACCAAGCCUGACAAGCGCGAAUUCAUCCAAAUCAGCAAGGCCGUCGGUGUCGGUUUCUUGGUCAUGGGCGCCAUUGGCUACUUGAUAAAACUGAUCCACAUCCCCGUCAACAACAUCCUAGUGGGAGCCGCAUAAGAGACAUGGAAAAUAGGUUGUCAUGAGAAGAGAGGCACGGAGUUUGGUUGGCUACGGUGCACGACCAUGGGGAAAAAUUAUGCAUAGUGAAGACCCCCGAGAGACGGAAGAC